UGGAAUACUAAAAUUUUGACAUUUUCACUGAACGUAACACGUUAUCACUGCUCGAGUUCGAGCUGCCUGUUUGCAAUAAAUAACAGUGAUAACUCGGUAAACAAGAGACGCCAAGGUUAUGCCGGUAAUGUAAGUUUUAGAUUUGCCACGCGAAAAAUGACAAAUCUCCCAAAAAUCAUAAUUUUGGGGGCUGGCGCUGCCGGAAUUGCCGCAGCGUCCCGACUUUUUGAAAAUGGAUUUAAAGAUUUGACGAUAUUAGAGGCCGAAGACCGGAUCGGUGGCCGUAUUUAUUCGGUUGAAUUUGAAGGGAGUAUGGUAGAUCUCGGAGGACAAUGGUGUCACGGUGAAGAAAAAAAUGCAGUGUUUGAGUUAGUCAAAGACUUAGAUUUGCUUAGUUCUUCGUUUAAUAACUACGCAGACUUUACGUAUUAUUUGUCCGACGGGACUGUGGUUGAAAAAAACGUGACGGAUCAGUUAUUAGCAAUAGCUCGCGACAUUUUUGAGGACGAGGAAACUGCCAGGAAGACGAGUGGGACGUUUGGGGAUUAUUUUAUUAAAGAGUAUAGGGAAAGAGUAUCUCAACUAUGUGGUGAUAAAACAAUAAGGGAAGCCUCCGGUUUGCUAUUGGAUUGGUUUCAUAAACUUUGGAUGUGCUUAGAGUCGGCUAAAAGUUGGGACGAGUUAUCACCAAACGGAGCAUAUCAAUACAAGGAAUGUGAGGGCGAUCUCUACCUACAGUGGCGAAAAACGGGCUUCAAAACCGUUCUUGAUGUUUUAAUGAAAAAAAUCCCCGACCCGAGCAGAACAUUGCCAGUUGAAAUACUGUUAAACAAAGAAGUUAAUAAAAUUAUUUGGGAUUGCGACAACAACGUCACUGUUCGUUGCACCGACAAUUCAGCAUUUAAAUGCGAUCAUUUAAUUAUCACUGCAUCAAUUGGUGCGUUGAAAAACCUUUCUGAAAGUUUUGAACCGCAACUACCUCCAAUAAAACAAAGCGCAAUUGAUUUAACUGCAAUCGGAGACGUUAAAAAAAUCUUGUUGAAAUUUCCAAAAAAAUGGUGGCCUGACAGUUUCAAGGGCCUUAGUUUAGUUUGGAGGGACUCUGACCGGGAAAAACUUUCGACCGAGUUUCCGCAAGGCCCAAUCAAGGACGGAAAAUCCUGGUUGGAGUACAUUUACGGCUUCUAUGUUAUCGAUAGCCACCCUGACGUGCUUCUGGGUUGGGUUGUGGGUCCAAUGGUUGGUGAAGUAGAACUCUUGCCUGAUGAUGUAGUAGUUGCUGGUUGUAUGUUCUUGUUAAAAAAAUUCGUUGGUGAUAAAUACGAAAUCAGCGAACCGCAGAAAAUUUUAAGGUCCAAGUGGCGUAACAACCCGCAUUUUAACGGCUGCUACUCUUACCGGUGUUUAGAAGCUGAAAAGAAAAAUGUGACUUGGGAAGACCUAGCUAGUCCUGUUGCUAACAGUAGUAGUAAACAAGUUUUAUUGUUUGCUGGAGAGGCUACUCAUCCAAUAUAUUACUCGACAGUGCAUGGGGCUAUUGAGACGGGUUACAGGGAAGCUGAUAGAAUUGUAAAUUUGUACAAGUCGCCGGAGUUAAUUCAUCGUAAAGUGGCAAUUAUUGGGGCUGGAAUGGCAGGCUUAGGCGCUGCUACGACGCUACAAGAGCUCGGUUUCACCGAUUUCGUGCUAAUUGAAGCCCAGAGUAAGCCUGGAGGCCGCAUACAUACCUUAAAGCUCGACGAUAACAUUCUUGAAUUGGGGGCCCAGUGGAUACACGGCAGAGACAAUCCUUUGUGGGAACUGGCGCGCAAACAUGAUCUCCUCUCCGAAAUAAGAUCAGAGGAAGGAUUGGGGCUUUAUAUUAGAGAUAAUGGUGAAAUUAUUGAUGAGGAUGUGGUUAAGAGAGUGGAUUUUGAGAUUGGGAGGAUUCUCGAGGCCUGUGAAGGGUUCGUCGAUUCUGUUGAUUAUCCGAAAUCGGUCGGGGAAUAUUUAGAAACGCGGUUUGAGGAGUAUUUGAAUAAAUGCCAUGAUAGUGACGACUUGAAGGAGAUUAAAUGGGAAUUGUUCGAUUGGCACGUGCGCUUCCAGAUUAUAGACAAUUCGUGCUUGAAUUUAAACCAGCUAUCGGCGAAAGGUUGGGGAAAAUAUGUUUGUUUAGACGACCAAGCGCAUUUUAAUCUUAAAUGCGGGUAUAGCGAGUUGGUUCAAAUUUUGGUCGAUAACUUACCGAAAGGCUCUCUUCUGCUGUCGACACCUGUUGCUGAAAUUCAACCCUUGAAUAAAAUAAUAUGUGAAGAUGGGUCGGUAAUAACUUGCGAUCACCUCAUUGUCACACCUUCACUUGGUGUUUUAAAAAAACUAAAAUUCACACCCAAGUUACCAAAAGAGACGAUUCAAUGCAUUGAAAAUCUCGGAUAUCACGGGAUUGGUAAAAUAUUCCUGAUAUUUGACUAUAAAUGGUGGGACGUUGAUGGAUUUCAAUUCGUUUGGAGGCGAAGCUCGAUUGAUGAGAAUAGUUGGGUUAGAUAUAUCACAGGCUUUGAUCCGAUUUUACACGGACCUACAGUCCUCCUAGGCUGGGUUGGAGGUGAAGGAGUAAGAAUUAUGGAAAGUUUAAGUGAGGAGGAGGUCGGAAUUCAAUGCAUGGAGUUAUUCAGACGAUUUCUUCCGAACCGAAUUAUACCAAACCCGGUGAAAGUCGUAAGGACUACUUGGUGUUCCAAUCCCUGGGUCCUGGGUGGGUAUAGCCACAUUACGCCGGAUUGCGAUCGGUCUAAUUGUGGAAUGCAGAAGCUGUCGGAACCCAUAUUCGUUGACGGUAAACCAAGAAUAUUAAUGGCAGGUGAAGCUGUGCAUUCUUCCCAUUAUUCGACAGCUCAUGGCGCGUAUGAAUCAGGCCAGCAACAAGCUCAAGUGUUAAUCGAAUACAUGAUGAAAGGUUCCAAGUUGUAAAUGAGUUUGAAAUAAAUUGAGUGAAAUUGGA